CUGUUACACUGCUGGCUCCAAAGUGAUAAGCUAUUUACGGGCUGGCACCAAACUGUCCAACUGACGUGAAUUUUAUCUAUCGCUCCAUUUACCAUACUUCUUGAUGAACACAAUGGAUAUCAUCAUGUCUCUGCACUCCACCGCACACUAUUCUCAUAUGCCACCACCCGUUUCCGCCUUCAUUCUUCCCGGAAAACACCAUCCCACCACCUCUACUUCCUCAAUUCUUCUUUCUGUAAAAUCCUCGCAAGAUUCCCCUCAAAACCCCUCCACUAGCCUCCGCCGCCCAACAACUCAAAACCCUUUUAGAACCUCAAUCUCACAAACUUCCCAAGUUUCUAAAAAUCCCCUAAAAAACCUCAUUAAUUCUCAAAAUACCCCGACUAUUCCGCCGUCAGAUAGUCUUAGUAAUAAGCUGUGGUUAUCCAGCAAACUCUCGCCUCCGCCUCCGCCUCCACCUCCACCUCCAACUCCGCCACGCUUGUUAAACGAAACGGUGGAAAGUGGAAAGGGCGAUGGUACUUUGGAAAGCACAGAAAAUUGUGGUGAAGAAGAUGAUGAAAGGGGAAUGGAGUUUAGGGAGAAAGGCAAAAUCUUUGUUGGGAAUUUACCACUAUGGAUAAAGAAAAAUGAGGUGGCGGAGUUUUUCAGGCAAUUUGGGCCUAUAAAGAAUGUGAUUUUGAUAAAAGGCCAUGAUGAUAUUGAGAGAAACGUGGGAUUUGGGUUUGUGAUAUAUAGUGGGCCCACGGCAGAGAAGGCUGCAAUGAAGGCUGUAGAGUUCGAUGGGGUUGAGUUCCAUGGGAGGGUAUUGAGUGUGAAGUUGGACAACGGGAGGCGAAUGAAGGCAAAAACUGAAGGGAGGGCAAGGUGGAUUGAAGGCAGAGAGGGGGAUGGGGAUGAGUACAGAUCUAAGUGGCAUGAAGAGAGAGAGGGGUCGAGGAGGGAGUUCCGAAAGGUUUUGGAGACUCAUCCGGAGAAUUGGCAGGCAGUUGUGCGAAUGUUUGAGAGGAUUAAAAAGCCUUCCAGAAAAGAGUUUGGAUUGUUGGUGAAUUAUUAUGCAAGACGAGGUGACAUGCAUCGUGCACGAGAAACUUUUGAGAAGAUGCGGGCCAGGGGAAUAGAGCCAAAUUUACAUGUAUUUACAAACCUUGUUCAUGCAUAUGCAGUAGGAAAAGACAUGGAAGAAGCAUUGUCAUGUGUAAGAAAGAUGGAGGAGGAAGGAAUUGAAAUGAGUUUGGUGACAUACAGUAUUCUUGUGGGAGGAUUUGCUAAAAUUGGCAAUAUUGAAGCUGCAGAGUGUUGGUUUAAGAAGGCCAAAGAGAAACUUUCAACCUUAAAUGCAAUUAUAUAUGGGAACAUAAUUUACGCUAAUUGGAUGAUAAUCUUGUCAUUCCUGUCUAUACCUUCUUCUCUCUCACUUUCUCUCUUGUCUGUGUGGGGUGGAGUGUCUUUUUCUUAUAGGGGAACGCCUAUUUUACUAUUUCUUUUGAUAUUAUGUACUGCUGAAUCGUAUUUUCCACUGUUGCAGGCAGGAAAAGUUUCCAAAGCUUUGGAAGUCUGUGACAUGAUGAAACUGUCAGGCAUAAAGCAUAACAUGAAGACAUACUCCAUGUUGAUCAACGGAUUUAUACAAUUGAAAGAUUUUGCUAACGCUUUCUCAAUCUUUGAAGACGUAAUAAGAGAUGGUCUCAAGCCAGAUGUUGUGCUUUACAAUAACAUUAUAAGGGCAUUUUGCAGUAUGGGUAAUGUUGACCGUGCUAUUCGUACUGUUGAGGAAAUGAGGAAGGAGAGGCACCACCCUACUUCAAGGACAUUUAUGCCUAUUAUUCAUGCUUUUGCAAAAGCUGGAGAAACAAGAAAGGCACUCAAUAUGUUCAAUAUGAUGAGGAGAAGCGGAUGUAUUCCAACUGUGCACACGUUUAAUGCUCUGAUUCUUGGCCUUGUUGAAAAGCGUCAGAUGGAGAAGGCUGUGGAGAUUUUGGAUGAGAUGUUGCUCGCAGGCAUUAGUCCCAAUGAGCACACAUAUACAACCAUUAUGCACGGUUAUGCAUCACUGGGUGAUACUGGAAAAGCGUUUGAAUAUUUUUCGAAAAUUAAAAGUGAUGGGCUUGAACUCGACGUGUAUACCUAUGAGGCAUUACUCAAGGCAUGCUGUAAAUCCGGAAGGAUGCAAAGUGCUUUAGCUGUGACAAGAGAGAUGAAUGCUCAAAAUAUUCCUCGAAACACUUUUAUCUACAACAUAUUGAUUGAUGGAUGGGCUCGUAGAGGUGACAUUUGGGAAGCUGCGGACUUGAUGCAGCAAAUGAGACAAGAAGGGGUUCAACCAGACAUCCAUACUUACACAUCUUUUAUAAAUGCUUGUUGUAAAGCUGGGGAUAUGCUGAGAGCAAUGAAAACAGUUCAAGAGAUGGAAGCACUAGGAGUGAAGCCUAAUCUGAAAACCUAUACAACGCUUAUUCACGGGUGGGCUAGAGCAUCUCUUCCCGAGAAGGCUUUGAAAUGCUUUGAAGAGAUGAAGCUGGCUCGUGUAAAGCCAGACAAGGCAGUAUACCAUUGCUUGAUUACCUCAUUGUUAUCCCGAGCUACUGUUGCCGAAGAUUAUAUUUACACAGGAAUCGUGCGCAUAUGUGAAGAGAUGGUGGAAUGUGGUUUAACGGUUGACAUGGGAACUGCAGUUCACUGGUCGAAGUGCUUGCGCAAGAUUGAAAGGACAGGUGGCGGGAUCACAGAAGCCCUUCAGAAGACUUUCCCUUCCGACUGGAAUUCGCACAAAACUCUUAAUGCUAUUUCUGAUAUUUCUUACAAUGAUGAUUCAUUGGACGAGAACGAUUAUAACGAUCGUUCUUUUUAUAAUAGUGAUGCUGAUUAUGAGGAUGACACAAACUUAGAUGUAAGGAUAUGAUAUUGAUUUAAUAAAUUGGGUGCUUAUCGAUUCGAGCAAUUGUUGAUGGUC